AUGGAGAUCAAGGUAGAAGAGAAAGAGCCAACCUCCAACUCGAGCUGCAACGACAGCAGCGACUCCGAUUCAGAACACCAUCCCCUCCUCGAAACUCGAGAGCCCUGCAACGAUGAAGCGGGAACCAAGACUCUGGUCCAGAGAGCCAUAACCCAGACGUUCCAGAGCACGGCUCAUCUAGCCAACCUUCUCCCGACGGGGACGGUGCUUGCGUUCCAGCUGCUCUCCCCCAUAUUCUCCAACCAAGGCAGCUGCGAUCCGGUCACCAGGUCCAUGACAGCGGGGCUCGUGGGGCUCUGCGGCUUGUCCUGCAUUCUGUCCAGCUUCACGGACAGCUUCAGGGACAAGGAUGGGAAGGUGUGCUAUGGAUUCGCCACGGUGAAAGGUUUGUGGGUUAUCGACGGAUCAUCGAGCCUUGCUCCUGAAGCUGCGGCGAAGUAUAAGCUCAAGUGUAUAGAUUUCGUGCAUGGGGUGAUGUCGUUGCUCGUGUUUGCUGCGAUUGCUCUGUUUGAUGAGAAUGUGGUGGGCUGCUUUUACCCGGAGCCGUCGAAGGAGUGUCGGGAGGUUCUCACUGCGCUGCCCGUUGGGUUUGGGGUGGUCUGUAGUAUGUUGUUUGUUGUGUUUCCGACGGAGCGCCAUGGAAUUGGGUUCCCUCUAUCUGCCAACUGA